UGUGAAAUUGUCAAUUGUAACAAUUUCUUGAUACAGUGUUAUAGUGUAUUUGAUUCGUUCAUUAAUUUAAACAUAAAAGUGCAUAAAAGCAAAUAAAAAUAAUAGAAUGGCUUCAACUAGUGCCGAUGCCCAAUCAUCGAUAGCCCAAAAAACAUGGGUAAUGGCUAACAAUAUAGAAACUGUAUCCAGUGUUGACGACAUUUAUCGUUACGACAAAAAACAACAACAAGAUAUUUUAGCAGCGAAACCAUGGGAAAAAGAUCCACAUUUUUUCAAAGACAUUAAAAUAUCAGCCCUGGCUUUGUUGAAAAUGGUUAUGCACGCCCGAUCUGGUGGUACUUUAGAAGUCAUGGGACUCCUUUUAGGUAAGGUAGAUGCAAACACUAUGAUUGUGAUGGACUCCUUCGCCUUGCCUGUAGAAGGAACAGAGACCAGAGUUAAUGCACAAGCACAGGCUUAUGAGUAUAUGACAGCUUAUAUUGAAGCAGCAAAGCAGGUUGGUAGACAUGAGAAUGCAAUUGGCUGGUAUCACAGUCACCCUGGCUAUGGUUGCUGGUUAUCGGGUAUUGAUGUGUCCACACAGAUGCUCAACCAGAAUUUCCAGGAACCUUUCGUUGCCAUUGUCAUUGAUCCUACAAGAACAAUCUCAGCAGGAAAAGUUUGUUUGGGUGCUUUUAGAACUUAUCCUAAGGGUUACAAACCAGCCAAUGAAGAACCAUCGGAGUAUCAAACCAUUCCACUCAAUAAAAUAGAGGACUUUGGUGUCCAUUGCAAACAAUACUACUCUUUAGAAGUAUCAUACUUCAAAUCUUCUUUAGACAGAAGGCUCCUUGACAGUCUUUGGAACAAGUACUGGGUGAACACGCUGAGUAGUUCAAGCUUAAUUACAAAUGCUGAUUAUACAACUGGGCAGAUAUUUGAUCUUUCUGACAAGCUCGAGCAGAGUGAAGUUUGUUUGGGCCGUGGAGGUUUUAUUGUCGCCGGUACUGAUCCACACGAGAAACGAACAGAAGACAAACUAGGAAAGGCAACAAAAGAUGCAUGCAAGACAACAAUUGAAGUUAUUCAUGGACUGAUGGCACAAAUGAUUAAGGAUAGACUUUUUAACAGUGUUAGUGGCAGACCAGCGCCUGCUACACCUAUGAUUGAAUGAAAUUUGAUUUUUAAAAUAUUUAUGUAACAUCUAACUGUAUGUAGCCCAGUCACAUGAAACAUAAAUCUUCUGAAAUUUUAAGUGUAAAAAAUAAAUCUUUUGAAAAUGUAAA